AUGAGGGCGUUAAGACCGAUGAUACCAUUACGAAUGGUGAGCAAAAGGCUCAUUUCGAAAACAGUGAAUCUCAGAGUACCAAUAAGUACCAAUCCCGCCAUGAAAUUCCCUUGUUUGGACAGGUUAGAGCAAAUAUCUGAAGAGCUGAAACAACGAAAUGGCGAACGAGCUGAAUUGCCGGAUUCCGUCGAAAGUGGCAAGAGAGGCAACGAAGACCCGGUUUAUGGAAAUGUCAAGUCAGGCUUUGAAUUGUUUCAUUCUUAUGAGCCUCUUUUCCUGGAUUAUUGCGGCGUCUUACCCAAUUUUCAGAUCGCCUACGAAACCUGGGGUAAACUGAAUGAGGACAAAUCGAAUGCGAUACUUAUACACACUGGCCUUAGUGCCUCAUCACACGCACAUUCCUCACCUUUGAAUAAAAACCCGGGCUGGUGGGAGGACUUUAUAGGUCCUAAUAAUAAGGCUCUAGAUACGAAUAAAUGGUUUUUAAUCUGUACAAAUGUACUGGGAGGGUGCUACGGUUCCACGGGACCUUCCUCUUUGGAUCCAGCAGAUAAUCUCCCGUAUGCUACACGAUUUCCUAUGUUGAGUGUUCAUGAUAUCAUAAGGGCUCAAAAUAGGCUCAUAAAAGAAAAGUUUGGUAUCUCUAAGUUAUAUUGUUCUUUGGGGAGUUCUCUGGGAGGAAUGCAAUCCUUAUGUUACGGACAACUCUUCCCAAAUGAAGUGCAAAGGGUCGUAAGUGUAAGUGGCUGUGCAAGAUCACACCCCACAAGCAUUGCCAUGAGACAUGCCCAGAGACAGGUUUUAAUGGCAGAUCCGAAUUGGAACCGUGGUUUCUAUUAUAACACUAAAGAAUUUCCAAAUAGAAUCCCACCACACGUUGGCUUGAAACUUUCCCGUGAAAUAGCAACAAUUUCGUAUAGAUCCGGACCCGAAUGGGAGUCUAGAUUUGGCUCCGAAAGGAUAGAUGACGAGAAGUCACCUGUGCUUUGCUCUGAUUUUUUAAUCGAGUCGUAUCUAGAUCACCAAGGACAAAAAUUCGCCCUCGAGUAUGAUGCGAAUUCCAUGCUUUAUCUUUCCAAGGCAAUGGACUUAUUCGAUUUGUCACAGUCGAACUUAAAUAGAAGUGCAAUGAAACGUGAGCAUGCCAGAAUGCUUUUCGAGGCUAACAAAUUGAACACAACAUGCGAGGAGAUUCUUCAGCCUCCAAAAAGAAAGAAAUCAAGAACUACCUCUGAAGACGAAGUCAGAAAAGAUCUCGUGGAAGGUAUGAAAUCUCUUAGAGACCUGAAUGUAUUAAUAAUUGGUGUCAAAAGUGACGCUUUGAUGCCUCACUGGCAACAAAGAGGCAUAUAUGAAGUGUUGGGGGGUGAUAACAAUCACAAAGCAAUCCAUAUAGAAUUACAAGAGUCGCAAUCUUUAUUUGGACACGAUACUUUCCUUCUUGACCAAGAGAAUGUUGGCGGCAAUAUCGGAAAGUUUCUCUGUAAUGAUUUAUAA